GGCAAAGUAAGGGCACAUUGCUUCACUUGCUCUUAGGAAGCAUUCUUGACGAAGUGAGCAUGCCCAGAAGGACUGAGCGAAAUGCCUAAACAGAGAUAGAAAACAGAAACUGGGGGUCUCUGGUACGGGAAGGGCGCGGGACUCGUCGGAGAAGCGGACGACGUUGUCGCAGCGACCAUGGCAGACGAGGAGGAGGACCCGCCUUUUGAAGAAGACACUGAGGAGGCUGGAGGAGGCCCAGAUGGUGGACAGGGCAAAAGGAAGAGACUGUUCUCCAAAGAAUUGAGAUGCAUGAUGUAUGGAUUUGGAGAUGACCAGAACCCCUACACAGAGUCAGUGGAUAUUCUUGAAGACCUGGUCAUAGAAUUCAUCACAGAAAUGACCCACAAAGCAAUGUCAAUUGGACGACAAGGUCGGGUACAGGUUGAAGAUAUUGUCUUCUUGAUCCGUAAAGAUCCACGGAAAUUUGCUCGGGUCAAAGACUUGUUGACAAUGAAUGAAGAACUGAAGCGGGCUAGGAAGGCAUUCGAUGAAGCAAACUAUGGCUCUUGAGGCCUUUUGAGAUGCAGACAGUUGCCAUGUUCAGGAAUAAAUUUCAUGAUUCUUCUGACUCGUCCUGGGUAAUGCCUUUCCUGGUGAAUUCCUUCAUCUGGACAUCAAAAAUUGAAGCUUUGCUCAGAUGUAACUGCUUCCUGACUCUAAAAUAUACCAUUGUAUUUGUUGUAUGUUUUAAGAUUUCAAAAGCUUUAAAAUAAUGCUAGGAAGGAUAAGCUUUUUCUUUUUGACACUGAUCACAUCAACUGAGGCCUAAGCAAUUUUUAAUAACUUAAAGGUGUUUAUAGCUAACUGCAUAUUGCAAACUGUAACAUUGAACAAGAACUGCUCCCGUUAACUUCAUUUGUUCAUGCAUCUUUGAUAGGAAACAUACUCUUGUAUAACUUUAUGUACUACGUUAAACAGGCUGUCUGCUACAAUACUUUAUAUUUAAACUCAAAAUAAUUUGUCAAUAUUUUGAGUUUUGUGAAACUUCAGGCAAAAUUGUGUCAACAUCUGGAAAAUGUUGUUUACAUAUUUGAUGUUGCUUCUGAAACUUACCCCAUGAAUCACAGCUAUCCUCUCAAAACAGCAGCAACAUAUGCAGUACGUAAUUAGGUGUUGCAGAUAAACCAAAAUGAACGAUUUGCAACCUCCCCACCGUGCACUAAUGCAGAAGUGCUUCACUUUCUAGAGCAAAUCGUUACUGUUUGAUAAGAUGUGAAUAUAUCCUUAGUGAAGCCAGCCAUGUUUACAUUUGGACAGAUAGUAGAAUGCCGACCUUCCUAAAUACAGCUUAAAGGGUAAUCUUAUUUUUAGAGUGUGUGAAAGGUGGGAAGCACACUGAUGUACAUAGUUCUCCAUUUAAUCUAUAGCAGAGCUGUGCAAUUUGAGCUACAGCUCCAAUCAGGUAUUAUAUAUAAACCAAAAAUAGUUACAAUCCCUGUAAAGAUCUGCAGAAAUAUUUUGUCUGAAUAUUCUAUAUACUUGCUUCUGUCUGCUUUAAAAUCAAAUUGCAUCACCUUCAGCAUUAAUCAUGCUACAUUUCAGUUGCUUAGCACUUCAGUCUAUUUCAUCUGCAGAGUUUCCUUUGUAGGUUUGUGUCACAGUGUAUAAGAAAUGCAUGUGUCUAUUUUGCUGGGCAUGUACACCUAUUUAACAGAGGUUUCCCACUAGAUGCAUACAUGGCAAGAUAAAAGUUGGUAGUAGAUCUUCA